GCCCUGAUCCUCAGCAUCGGGCUCCCAAAUGCGCCGAGCUGUGCUUCGAAUGCGCCAUUCAGUCAGAGAAACUCAGACAAGCGCCAACUCAACAUGGGUUAGAGGAAGCCCACACAAAUCCACCAUGGACCAUUCUGCCAGGAUGGGAGUCGGGAUUUUUCUGGACCUUUUUCCACGAACAGAAAAGGGAAGCAGAAAUUGAGAUCUAAAGUCGGCUGAUAAUUUUUUCGUCUUUUUAGUUUCUUUUUUCUUUUCUUUUCCUUUUGUGAGAAAUGAUCGCAGAGUUGAUCAGCAGCGCUGUAGCUUUGCUCCUGUAUCUCAACACCCUGAGCGCUGAUUUCUGCUACGAUGACAGCCGUGUGAUCAAAACCAAUCAGGACUUGCUCCCAGAAACUCCCUGGACCAACAUCUUUUACGAUGACUUCUGGGGGACCCUCCUCACCCACAGUGGCAGCCACAAGUCGUACCGGCCCCUCUGCACCCUGUCCUUCCGCCUGAACCAUGCCCUGGGAGGUCUGGAUCCCUGGGGCUACCAUUUGGUCAAUGUGGUGCUCCACAGCUUCGUCACUGGCCUCUUUGCCAGCCUGUCCCGCCUACUGCUGGGCGAAAGCCGCUGGACCUUACUGGCCGGCCUGCUGUUCGCCUCUCAUCCCGCGCACACGGAGGCGGUCGCGGGAGUGGUCGGCCGGGCCGACGUGGGCGCGGCGCUCUUCUUCCUGUCGUCCCUGAGGUGCUACUUGCAGCACUGUGCCACGAGGCCGUGCUCGGCCUGGCACUGGGCCCUGCUGCUGGGCAGCCUGGUCUGUGCAGCCUGCAGCAUGCUGUGGAAGGAACAAGGGGUCACGGUUCUGGCUGUGGCUGCCGUCUAUGACUUCUUCAUCUUCCACCGGCUCAAGCUUCGCCAGGUCGCUGUCCUCCUUUUUAAGAGGAGAAAUGUCAGCCUGCUUCUGCGAGUGACUUUGCUGGCCUGCUGGGGGCUUGUUCUCCUGGCCGCCCGCCUCUAUUGGAUGGGCAACAAACCGCCGAGCUUCUCCAACUCCGAUAACCCAGCGGCCGACUCGCCCUGCCUCCUGACCAGGACGCUGACUUUCCUCCACCUGCCGGCCUUCAACAUGUGGCUGCUCCUGUGCCCACACACCCUGAGCUUUGAUUGGUCCAUGGACGCCAUGCCCCUCCUCAGGAGUGUUAGUGAUUGGAGGAACCUUCAAACCGUGAGCUUCUAUAUCGCAUUGCUGCUCCUGGCGCGGUUUGGCCUUCGGAGUCCGGCCAAGAACAGAGAGACCAAUGGAAAGGCUCACAUCGCAAAUGGGAAGUCCUGCACCAAUGGGCAGAGUUACCAUGCAGGUUCCAGUCUCCAAAACUCAGACUCAGAACUCUCAAGAAAUAUAGAAAAUGGGAUGAAAAAGUCUAGUCAUCUAAGGACUACACUGCCCACCACAGAGAAUGUGGUUAUAUUUGCUCUCAGCUUGUUGUCAAUUCCCUUCCUCCCUGCCACUAACUUAUUUUUCUACGUGGGAUUUGUAGUAGCAGAGAGAGUGCUUUAUAUACCCAGCAUGGGCUUCUGCCUGCUGGUGACUGUGGGCAUUAGGGCCGUGUAUAUCAGACUUAGCAGAAGAUCCUCCAAAACACUGUUAAUGUACUUCAGCGCUUUGUUGGUGAUUCUCUAUGGGAUCCGGACUGUGAUGAGGAACCGAGACUGGCAGAACGAGGAGAUGUUGUAUAAGUCAGGAGUAACUGUGAAUCCGGCAAAAGCAUGGGGGAACCUCGGGAAUGUCCUGAAGAAUCAGGGAAAGGUUGAGGAGGCUGAGAGGGCCUACCGAAACGCGCUGUACUACCGCAGGAAUAUGGCUGACAUGCUGUAUAACCUGGGUUUGCUGCUACAGGAGGGGAACCGGCCGUCAGAGGCACUGCGUUACUAUAAGCUUGCGAUCGGGAGCAGGCCGACACUAGCCUCUGCCUACUUGAACAUGGGGAUCAUUCUGAUGGACCAAGGCCGCAUGGAUGAGGCCAAGAGGACGUUCCUGACCUGUGCCGACAUUCCCGACGAGAACCUGAAAGACCCGCAUGCUCACCGGAGCUCGGUGACCAGCUGCCUGUACAACUUGGGCAAGCUUCUUCAUGAGCAGGGCCUCCAGGAGGAAGCCCUUUCUGUAUAUAAGGAGGCGAUCCAGAAAAUGCCCCGGCAGUUUGCCCCUCAGAGCCUAUACAAUAUGAUGGGAGAGGUUUACAUGCGGCUCAACCAGCUGAAUGACGCUGAGUACUGGUACAAGGAGUCCCUGAGGGCCAAGCCUGACCACGUCCCCGCCCACCUGACCUAUGGCAAGCUCCUAGCCAUCAUGGGGCAGAAGACGGAAGCAGAGCGAUACUUUCUGAAGGCAAUCGAAUUAGAUCCUACUAAGGGGAACUGCUACAUGCAUUACGGCCAGUUCCUGCUGGACGAGUCCCGUCUGUCGGAGGCCGCAGCGGUGGCGGAGAAGGCUGCCCAGCUGGAUGGCGCUGAAUUUGACGUGGUCUUCAAUGCAGCCCACGUGCUCAGGCAAGCAAGUCUCAAUCAAGCAGCAGAGAAAUAUUAUGGUCUUGCAGCAAGCCUGAGACCGAAUUACCCAGCCGCCUUGAUGAACUUAGGCGCCAUCCUGCACCUGAACGGGAAGCUCCAGGAGGCCGAGUCCAAUUACCUGAGAGCCCUGCAGUUCAAGCCGGACGAUGCCAUCACCCAGUCCAACCUGCGCAAAUUAUGGAAGAUCAUGGAGAAACAGGGGCUGAAGACGGCCGGCCCAUGAGCAACCUGGGUGGCACCAGGAAGUUAGAGUCUUCUUCUUUAAGCACUGCAAGAAUGGAUAUGCAGGCCUAUCGAAUGUUCAGAAUCGUCCAUAGAAGAAAGAAGAAGGUGGCCAUUGUGGGGAAGCUCAAGAUUAUCACACCUGCUUCUCUGCAGAAACAUCUUUUGAGCAGAAUCAAUUCCCUUGGAGCAGGCAGUAGCCAAAACUAAAGCUUACAGUGGGUGAAUUACAGUCUUAGCAUUUUUAUUGCAUUCUCAUAGUAUUUUAUUGAACUCUGAAGUUCUCUAGGCAUGUUCCUGGCAACAGAGAACAUUGAGCUUAUAGAUUCAGUUUGUAACCCAAAGAUCUGAAUUCAUACAAUAAAAUCCAUACAACUUCUUCUU